AAACUUAGUAGGCACAUGAGAAUUCACACUGGAGAACGGCCGUACACAUGUGAGCAGUGUAGAAAGACCUUUACUAGUAACUGCCACCUAAAGAGACACUUAAAAAUUCACACCAAAGAAAGAUCUUAUAAAUGUGACCAGUGUGAAAGGACUUUUAUUCGUAAAGACCACCUUAAUGACCACAUGAGACUUCACAAUGGAGAGAAAUCUCACCACUGCUCCUCAUGUGGACGGAGUUUUAAAGAUUCAACACGUCUUGAGACUCACAGGAAGAAGUUUUGCCAAGAGAGCCAAGUUCAUCCACGUGAAAGUGUUCAGAUCAGAAGAUCCCUGAGAUCUUCUGAAGAUGUAUGUGGUGUUUCUCUCUGUGAUCAAACAUCUCCAGAUCUUCUGCUUUCUGUCUGUAAUGAAGAGCAGAAGACAUCAGUGAAGCUGCUGGACUGUGAGAUGGAGCUGAAAACACAAAUCAAAGAAGAACAAACAGAUGACGGUGAUGUGAUUUAUUCAGACCUGAUGGAGGUGAAGGAGGAAAGUUCAGAACCGAAUGAAAUGGAGGAGAAACCUCAUCAUCCCAUAAUUGGAGAAGAAUCUCUGAGCUGCUUGAACANUCCAAACUUAGUAGGCACAUGA